AUGCAGCGUCGGCACAGCGCAACGAAUGGGUUUCGUGCGGAGCCCAAACAGCAGCAGCAGCAGCAGCCGAAGCGUGGCGGCAGCGCAGGCGUGCGACGCGCCGUUGUGCAGGACACGCCCCAGGACGAGGUGUCCUUCUACACCCAGCGCCUCAGCGAGAUGGGCGCGCAGCACGCCAAGCUAGAGCGCGAGUACCAGCAGCGCCUCGCCGCCAACAGGCGUGCAAUCCGGCAGCUGCACGAUGAGAACACGCACCUCCGCACCAUUCGCGCCUCCGCCGGCGACGUGACCGAGACAGAGAUGGAGCAGCUGGAGCAGCGCAAGUUCCUCGCGGUGCGGCGCCUCAACCGACUGACGCACCAGCUCGAGAAGGUGCAGCGCAACAUUGGCGACGCGGAGGCGACGCAGCGGCUCAACGAGGACUCGGUCUUCACACCGCCGCGUGAAGCGGUCGCCGGUAGCCGCAGCGUCGCGCUGCGCAUCCAGAAGUUAGAGAAGCGACUCGACAAGAUGCUGGCGGAGCAGCAAUGCAUCGCCACUGUCAAGGGUGGCUACGCGGAGAUACUGCAGCAGUUGCAAGAGGAGGGCAUCAACAGGGAGGCGCGCGUGCUCGCGCUGCAGCGAGAUGUGGACGCACGCCACCAGGAGUACGCGCGGCUCGUGCAGAUGUACAACAACGCCACGGCUGACUACCAACGUGUGGAGGAGGAACUUCGCAAUUUCACCGAUUCAUUCCAUCAGGUGCGGCGCAUGAAGGACAAGGCGCUCACCGAGCGGCGCGAGCACGUUGAGCGAGCCCUGCGAGAGACGCGGCGGCUCGAGCAGCUGGAGGUGGAGCUACGCCAGGAGAUGGAGGACGAGCAGCAGCGUAUUGAGGAGGCGGAGACGGAGCAGCAGACGCUGCGGCAGCGGCGGCAGCGUUCGUUGAGUGCGUUGGAGCGGCUCCUAGUAACCCAACCGAAGCAAGAAGAGCAAGAAGACGGCUGUGCGCUUUCGUUUGGCGGGACACCGGAGGACGAGGAACGCGUGCGCGCCUACGAGGAGGCGUUCCGCAACAUGAUGCACGCCACCGGGGCGUCGACGCUCGACGAGCUGGUCACCAAGUACGAGCUGGAGUACGCCACGCGGCUGCAGCUGCAGGAGCAGGAGCGCGGCGAACAGCAGCACCUCGACGCGCUGCGGGAGGAGGUGCGGCGGCUCAAGGAGGAGGUGGAGCGCCACACGUAUUGCGGUGCCGGCCCAACGCCCGCGUCAGCGUGCCUGCGCGAGGAGCUCGUGACAUGCAUUGACGACGCGUCGCGGCAGCGCGAAGACGCGGUGGAGAAGAGCGCGGCGCUGCAGCAGGUGCUCGCGGAGGUGAUGCGGCGCGUCGACGUGCUGGCCGACAGCGUCGCCGGGUACCGCAUGGACGUGCGGGUGCCGCCGACGGAGCCCGAGAACCUCGUCACGCACCUGCAGCUGCUGGAGCAGAAGAUAAUGUCCCUCGCCGACGAGGCAGUGAGCCGCGGUGGGCCGAGCGUCGCGCCCAACGCGAUGGGCGCCGUUUUGCCCCCUGGCAACACGCGCGUUAAGUUGCCGCACAGCACGGCGUCCAACGCGAAUAACAUCAGCAAGAGCCCCGACGGCGCCAGCUGCAGUAGCGACGGCGGCAGCUUCGGCAUCAUUCCCACCGGUGACUCGGCGGGGCCAAACGCGUCCGUCUGCUCGAGCGUGUCGGACGAGAAGGAGGCGGUGAGGACGAGCGACAGGGCGGCGGCGCUAUUAGACAUUGACGAGCCGCUUGGGCGCGAACAAAUCAAGCGGCUCGCGGCAGUCGUGCUGCGUCGCGAAGCGCGACGACAGCAGAGGGAAGAGAAGCGCGUCUAA